AUGAAUUACAAACACUUGAGCAAUAGGCCAAUGUAAGACUCUCCAGUAACCCACUGUCAAGCCCAUUGCCCAGCAUUGGAGCUUGGUAUAUGAAAUUGUGUAAUUAAAUGUUGUGUGUUGUUUUUUGUCUUUACAGCAUAUGAGGAAGAAAAACAUGUUCUACACGUGUGGUCCAAAUGAGGCUAUGGUGGUGUCAGGUCCAUUCUCUAAUCCAGUGUUUCCCAACCCUGGUCCUUGAGUAACCCCAACAGUACACAGUUUCAUUGUAGCCCUUGACAAACACACCUCAUUCACCUCAUUGAGGGCUUGAUGAUUAGUUGACAAGUUGAAUCAGGUGUGCUUGUCCAGGGUUACAGUAAAAAUGUGUACUGUUGGGGGUACUGGAGGACCAACGUUGGGAAACACUGUAAACAUGUUACAUUAAAGUAGCUGUAGGAUGGUAAUAAUACUCUCAUGCAUAUCUCCCCCCCCCCCCCCCCCCCCCCCCCCCCCCUCUCUCUCUCUCUCUCUCUCUGUUUCUCAGGGUUCCUCCGGUCUCCUCCAGUAAUGAUUGCUGGAGGCAGAGUAUUUGUGCUUCCCUGUGUUCAGCAGAUCCAGAGGUAAAGUCUCUUUUCCUGUUCAUAUCUGCAAACUCAUAUGGUAAUAAUCUGGCCAUGUAUAGCCAUCUGCCAUUGUUUUGGGAUAUCAUAAUACAACAUUGUGGAAUGACUAUAUCUCUCCCUCCUUUUCUCUCUUCCAGGAUCUCCCUGAACACUCUGACGCUGAACGUGAAGAGUGAUAAAGUCUACACCCGCCAUGGGGUUCCCAUCUCGGUCACUGGUAUUGCCCAGGUUUGUCUCUCCAUCUUUCUUCUUUCUCUGUCUCCAUUUCGUUCUGAGCCAAUGUAAGUACACUAUUCUGUCACAUCACCAGUCAUUUAAACAUGUUUAGACACCCUAGUUUUGUACACAAGUGUAAGGGCUUUCUUUGAUUAAGUAUGUAUCAAGUAGACUAUUAAAACCUGCCAUCUGUUUCACUUAUAUCAUUCAUUUAUAUAUACAUUGGCAUUAAAUACCUCACUCUCUUGUGCUGUGGACAGGAGAGAGUAACCUUGCCUGUUCGAGUGUUAAUACAACUACUACUGCUGUGUAGUUGGGUAGUGUACAGCACAUGCUUCUGUUUUUUUUUAGCACUGUGCACACCUGAGUCGUGUUCAUUAAUCACCAAAAACAGACUAAAACAGGGAAGGACUACCUGAAUUUGCUCAGAAAUGCAAGUUUUCUGUUUAAAAAACUUUUUAAAAUGUUAUUAUGCUAUUAUGUGUUCUCUCCUCCCUCCAGAUGAAGAUCCAGGGGCAGAACAAGCAGAUGCUGGCCGCAGCCUGUCAGAUGUUCAUGGGGAAGUCGGAGGGCGAGAUCGCCCAAAUCUCCCUGGAGACGCUGGAGGGCCACCAGAGGGCCAUCAUCGCCCACCUGACUGUGGAGGUAAACUUAACAACACGAGAGGGCGUGGGUUUUGACCUUUUUAGCACAGCUGUGCUGCGGUCGGAGGUACAAGGCGAAGCCGAGUACCGCCGACUACCCAAUCACAAUGCUUGUUUUGACUAACCCGUUGUAAAACAACUGUUUUGCAAGAUGUCACAAACAGAUCUGGGACCAGGCUAUGUUAUAGCAGCUCACUCAUUUUAGUGCAAUAUAGAAACAUUUCGGCACUAUUUGCCUUCUUCAUGGUUACAUGAGGUAAACUGAACAGCAUCCUUACUAGCCACAUCCACAGUUACAGUUAUAGUUAUAGUUAUAGUUACAGUUACAGUUACAGUUACAGUUAUAGUUACAGUUAUAGUUACAGUUAUAGUUAUAGUUAUAGUUACAGUUACAGUUACAGUUACAGUUACAGUUAUAGUUACAGUUAUAGUUACAUAAACAGCACAUUAUAGCAGCUUACUCAUUUCAAUGCUGUAAAGCCAUGACCAAAGCCAAGAGCUAUGGCCCUACGUAUUUAUUUGGACAGUGAAGCAAAAACCUUUAAUUUGGCUCUAUACAUUUUGGAUAUGAGAUCAAAUGUUUUAAUGAGGCGACAGUACAGAAUGUCACCUUUUAUUUGGGGGAAUUUAUUUAUGUAUGUACCAUACUCAAAACAGCAUAUUGCAUGGUAGAACUGUCUUGUGACAUACCAUAACAAACAUACCAUAACAAACAGACCAAAACAAACAGACCAUAACAAACAGACCAAAACAAACAGACCAAAACAAACAGACCAAAACAAACAGACAUAACAAAAAGACCAUAACAAACAGACCAUAGCAAACAGACAAAACAAACAGACCAAAACAAACAGACCAUAACAAAUAGACCAAAACAAACAGACCAAAACAAACAGACCAAAACAAACAGACCAUAACAAACAGACCAUAACAAACAGACCAUAACAAACAACACAUUUAACAGUUGUAUCAGAACCAUAGUCAUAUGGAUAUCUAUGUAUGGCUAUGUGUUCAACAACUCGUACAUAGUAACAUGAUGGAGAGGGAACACUGCAACUUUUUACUGUCAUGAUAAUUACACUAAACAAAAGUAUAUCAACAUCGGCCCGAACUCUGUUAUUUCACCCCCUCCAGGAGAUCUAUAGGGACCGUAAGAAGUUCUCAGAGGAGGUGUUCAAGGUGGCCUCGUCCGACCUGGUCAACAUGGGCAUCAGCGUGGUCAGCUACACGCUCAAAGAUGUUCACGACGACCAGGUGUGCAUUCUCUCUCUUCUUUCAAUGGAGACUCCAUUCUUGCAACUGCUCCAAUGCGAGAUAAAUAAUGGACCCUAAACUAAAAAGUAACCAAUGUUGUUCUCUUCCUCUCUGUGGUUCAGGACUACCUCCACUCCCUGGGGAAGUCCAGGACCGCCCAAGUGCAGAAAGACGCCCGCAUCGGAGAGGCCCAGUUCAAGAGGGAUGCUGUGAUAAGGGUGAGCCACCUCUCCCUUCUCUCCACUCUCUCCUUCUCUAUACCUUCCUUCUCUUCUUCUGCCCUUUAUCCUGUCCCUUGCUCUUCUUUAUUUCUGAAUUCUCCAUCACAUGUUCUUUCACUUGGUUUUCCCUAUCCGUUCUUACUUUUCUCUUUUCUCGUAGCCCAUCUGAACCUUUCCUUCUCCAAUCUCCUCUUGUUCCUUUUUUACACUUCCUGUGUGUAUCUCUCUCUGUAGGAGGCCCAUGCCAUGCAGGAGAAGAUCUCAGCCCAGUAUGUCAAUGACAUCCAGAUGGCCAAGGCUCAGAGGGACUAUGAGCUGAAGAAAGCAUCCUAUGACAUCGAGGUCAACACCAAAAAGGCAGAGUCUGAGAUGGCCUACCAGCUACAGGUACAGUGCAUUGGGAAAGUAUUCAGACCUCGUGACUAUUCCCACAUUUUGUUAUGUUACAGCCGUAUUCUUAAAUGGAUGAAAUUGUCCCGUCCCCCCCCCUCAUCAAUCUACACACAAUACCCCAAAUAUGUUUUACUCUGAAAUAUCACAUUUACAUAAGUAUUCAGACCCCUUACUCAGUACUUUGUUGAAGCACCUUUGGCAGCGAUUACAGCCUCGAGUCUUCUUGGGUAUGAUGCAAGUCUUCUUGGGUAUGACGCUACAAGCUUGGCACACCUGUAUUUGGGGAGUUUCUCCCAUUCUUCUCUGCUGAUCCUCUCAAGCACUGUCAGGUUGGAUGGGGAGCGUCGCUGCACAGCUAUUUUCAGGUCUCUCCAGAGAUGUUAGAUCGGGUUCAAUUCCGGGCUCUGGCUGGGCCACUCAAGGACAUUCAGAGAUUUGUCCCGAAGCCACUCCUGCGUUGUCUUGGCUGUGUGCUUAGGGUCGUUGUCCUGUUGGAAGGUGAACCUUCACCCCAGUCUGAGGUCCUGAGCGCUCUGGAGCAGGUUUUCAUCAAGGAUCUCUCUGUACUUUGCUCCGUUCAUCUUUCCCUCGAUCCUGACUGGUCUCCCAGCCGCUGAAAAACAUCCCCACAGCAUGAUGCUGCCACCACCAUGCUUCACCGUAGGUAUGGUGCCAGGUUUCCUCCAGACGUGACGCUUGGCAUUCAGGCCAAAGAGUUCAAUCUUGGUUUCAUCAGACAGAUAAUAUUGUUUCUCAUGGUCUGAGAGUCCUUUAAGUGCCUUUUGGCAAACUCCAAGCGGACUGUCAUGUGCCUUUUGCUGUGGAGUGGCUUCCGUCUGGCCACUCUACCAUAAAGGCCUGAUUGGUGGAGUGCUGCCGAGAUGGUUGUGAUUCUGGAAGGUUCUCCAGAGGAACUCUGGAGCUCUGUCAGAGUGACCAUCGGGUUCUUGGUCACCUCCCUGACCAAGGCCCUUCUCCCCUCGAUUGCUCAGUUUGGACGGGCGGCCAGCUCUAGGAAGAGUCUUGGUGGUUCCAAACUUCUUCCAUUUAAGAAUGAUGGAGGCCACUGUGUUCUUGGGGACCUUCAAUACUGCAGAAAUGUUUUGGUACCCUUCCCCAGAUCUGUGCUUCGACACAGUCCUGUCUCGGAGUUCUUUGGACAAUUCCUUCGACCUCAUGGCUUGGUUUUUGCUCUGACUUGCACUGUCAACUGUGGGACCUUAUAUAGACAGGUGUGUGCCUUUCCAAAUCAUGUCCAAUCAAUUGAAUUUACCACAGGUGGACUGCAAUUAAGUUGUAGAAACAUCUCAAGGAUGAUCAAUGAAAACAGGAUGCACCUGAGCUCAAUUUCCUGUCUCAUAGCAAAGGGUCUGUUUUUUAUGCUUAAUACAUUUGCAAAAAAUUCUAAAAACCUGUUUUCGAUUUGUCAUUAUGGGAUAUUGUGUGUAGAUUGAUGAGGGAAAAAAUUCAUUUGAUCCAUUUUAGAAUAAGGCUGUAACGUAACCAAAUGUGGAAAAAGUCAAGGGGUCUGAAUACUUUCCGAAUACACUGUAUGUCCAUGAUAUGACAUGAUAAGACAUGGAUGUAUUGUAUAGCACACCCAUUCUUGUUAUUUGUUUGUUCUCAAAAUCACAAAGUAUGGAAAGCAGCUCACUAAACCAAUUGAAACAAAGCAACAAAAAGAUAAACACAGAAUUUUAAAAAAUAUUGAGGAAAACAUAACCUCUUGAAAAUGGUCAUAAAUAGUACUAAUGAGAUCUUGGGCUUACCAUUUGAACAUAAAGAGGACUACUGAGAUCUUGGUCUUACCAUUUGAACAUAAAGAGUACUACUGAGAUCUUGGGCUUACCAUUUGAACAUAAAGAGUACUACUGAGAUCUUGAACCCGUCAGGUGGCCAAGACCAAGCAACGCAUCGAGGAGGAGAAGAUGCAGGUCCAGGUGGUGGAGCGCUCUCAGCAGAUCAUGCUCCAGGCCCAGGAGAUCACCCGCAGGGAGAAGGAGCUGGAGGCCAAGGUCAAGAAGCCUGCUGAGGCCGAGAGAUACCGCAUGGAGAAGCUGGCCGAGGCUCAGCGGUGAGUACCAGCUAGGGUUGGGCCGAUAUAUGAUUAAAUCUAAUAUCGUGAUAUGCAAGACCAUAUAUAUCGUGAUGUGCAAGACUAUAUAAAAUCAAAUAAAAUGUAUUUAAAGCCCUUUUUACAUUACAUUUACAUUUACAUUUUAGUCAUUUAGCAGACGCUCUUAUCCAGAGCGACUUACACUUAGUGAGUGCAUACAUUUUCAUACAUUCUCUUCUAUCGUAGAGAAACAGUGCCUCCUGUGCACGACUUUCAGUAAAGUACUCUUCUUUUUUAUAAAAAGGUUUUUGGCUCAUAAAGAAUCACAAUUAUGUAAAGUUGUAUAAAAAAAAACAUAUCUCCUUCUUCCUCAUGUACACUAACCUGAUCCAUAGGAGUCCUGGAGUGCAGUUAAACUUGCAUUGGACAAUCAAGACCCUCAAAACCAUGUUGAAAUGUUACUUCCAUGGUCUGAAACUUAAAACCUUCACCUGUUUUAAUUAUUGUCAUUCAUGAGGUUUGGAAGGGAAGCUCGUUUCAAAUAUCAGUCGAACUUUAACACUUUUUAGCAAAAGAAACAUUUAUGAAAUCUCUGAUCAAAUAAAUGUGACCAACUAGAUCAAGACGGAAAUGUACAUGUUGGAGUACAUGCCCUGUCAAGGGGGGUAAUAAUCACUUCGAGGAAAAAAAAUAUUUCAAGGUGUUGUAAUAAAGAAAUAAACAGAACACCCAAAUCCUUUUCCUCUCCUCAAAAAACAAUCAAAUGGAUGUGUCUGUCUCUCUGGCAAUACCUGAUGCUUUUGUGACAGCUAACAUUCCAAAGCCAAACCCGAUGGAGCACAGCAACUCGAGGGUAAAAUAAAUUAAUAAUAAAUAUAAUAAUUAUUAAAUAGGUGUAAUAUUGUAAAGUGGUUAUCCCACUGGUUAUAGGGUGAAUGCACCAAUUUGUAAGUCGCUCUGGAUAAGAGCGUCUGCUAAAUGACGUAAAUGUAAAUGUAGGUGUGUAUUUACUGCUCCGAUGCCUGUGGAGCGCUUCGUGGCUCUGCUGUCUCCUGGCGGACCAUGACUUGACCUGAGGCACUGCUGGGCUUGAGCCUCUGACCAGUCUUGCCACAGAACGUGCCCUGGAACUCCUGUUUGAUGGAGUCCCCGUACACCUCUCUGCCAUACUUGAGGAAGGCGGUGGUCCAUUGCAGGGUGGUGGCUUUGUCCGUCUCGUGGUUACAGAACGGCGCCAGCACAUUCAGCUCAUCACAGCAGAAGCGGAUCCUCCUCCUGCGGUCCCGCUCCUUGCUGUUGUGCCUCUCUCUGCGCUGGCUACUUUCCACUGGUGGCCCUCCUCUCUUCCUGGUGCCUGCUCCUCCAGCUGCUCUUCCCUCCACUGAGUUUGGGACAAUGCCGGGGGCCUUGACAGCACAGGGUCCACGGGUCCUACCGCGUUUAGCAGUCUUCGCCACAGCAUCAUCUUCCACCUUCACCCAAACUUUCUCCUCUGUUGGGUUGGGGAUGUUGACGCAUGGAACUUUGUCAGGCAUCUUGUCUGGCCGAUAGCUGAAUGUGAAGUUCUUUGGAAUGAUCAACCCUUGAUGCUUAUUGGGUUCAAGCAUAUGAGGGACCAUCCCAAACCCUUGACGGGCGCCAGCGAUGGGGUUGAACAUGCUUCCAUAUGGGUAUGACAGCUCAAUAGGGUUGCCACGAUCUGACCUCACCCACUUCUGCGGUUGUGGAUGCAUUGCUGCUUCUUGCGCCUCAUUGGAGUGAUGAAGCAUCAGCAUAUGUGACAAAGUACUUCUACAGAAACCCAGCCUAAAACCCCAAACAGCAAGCAAUGCAGAUGUAGAAGCACGGUGGCUAGGAAAAACUCCCUAGAAAGUCAGGAGCAUAGGAAGAAACCUAGAGAGGAACCAGGCUCUGAGUGGUGACCAGUCCUCUUCUGGCUGUGCCAGGUGGAGAUUAUAGAGUACAUGGCCAUUAAGGCCAGAUUGUUCUUCAAGAUGUUCAAACGUUCAUAGAUGACCAGCAGGGUCAAAUAAUAAUCACAGUGGUUGUAGAGGGUGCAACAGGUCAGCACCUCAGGAGUAAAUGUGAGUUGGCUUUUCAUAGCCGAGCAUUCAGAGGUCGAGACAGCAGGUACGAUAGAGAGAGAGAGCGAGGGGGAGAGAGAGAGGGAGAGUCGAAAACAGCAGGUCCGGGACAAGGUACCAUGUCCGGUGAACAGGUCAGGGUUCCAUAGCCGCAGGCAGAACAGUUGAAACUGGAGCAGCAGCACGACCAGGUGGACUGGGGACAGCAAGGAGUCAUCAGGCCAGGUAGUCCUGAGGCAUGGUCCUAGGGCUCCGGUCCUUCGGGAGGAGAGGGAGAGAGAAAGAGAAUUACAGGGAGCAUACUUAAAUUCACACAGGACACCAGAUAAGACAGGGGAAUUACACUAGCUAUAACAGACUGGCACAUAGACUAUUGCAGCAUAGAUACUGGAGGCUGAGACAGGGGGGGGUCAGUGGACACUGUGGCCCCGUCCGAUGAUACCCCCGGACAGUGCCAACCAGGCAGGAUAUAACCCCACCCACUUUGUCCAAAGCACAAAACCAGACAGGAAGAUCACGUUAGUGACUCAACCCACUCAAGUGACGCACCCCUCCAAGUGACGCACCCCUCCACUCCUAUACUCUAUUUGAACAUUUCAAAUCAAAACAGUGCAGUUUUAUCAGUUAGGCUGUAUCAAUAUGUUGAAAAUGAAGUCUAAAUGAAUGAAAUAAGUCUUAUUGUUUUCCCAUACUAAGGUUAUUUAAUUAGAAUGUGAAUAUAAUAUCGUAAAAUAAGCACAAAAAUUGCACAGUCUGGAAAUAUCUAGUCAUUAACGGCGUAAAACGAUUAUAUUGGAUAUUGCGAUAUUUGGAGUAGCAUAUCGUAGAAGAGAUCUCCCCAAAUAUCGCCCCAACCCUAGUACCAGCCACACGUCUCCAAAUGACCACACGUCUCCAAAUGACCUUUCACAAAUUAUAUAUUGUAUUUUGUGAACCAUGUAUUGCAUAGACAAUGAAAAUAUACUAGAUAUUAAUGCAUUCCAUGGAGUAUGAGACAGACAAACAAACAAAUAUACAAACUAUACUGAAUACUGUAUGUACUAUGUACUUUAUAAUGUACACCUAACAGGCCAAACAAAAUAUGUUUCUUUUCCCACAGUGCACAGCUCAUUAUGGAGGCUGAGGCUGAGGCAGAGUCCAUUAGGGUGAGUGUGUCUAUAAGUAUCACAUUGUUCCAGACAAAUUCUGAAAAGCAAAAGUACAUUGUUACUAUAGGACUGUUACUGUUCCAAGCUUGUUUUACCCCUAAAAGCAGUUAAUUCUUGUGUCUGUGACUCGUAUAAGCAGAGAGCACUUUAAUAGUAAUAGAAUUCCAUGUUUACCACACUCAAGUCGUUUAGCUUGUUCAAUCAAUACUACUAAAUCCUGCAGUUAACUUACGAUAAGUCACACCCAAGGAAGCUGUAACAACAUAGUAUGACUGUCAUAAUACAAUAAAACCUUCAAAAAUGUUCUUCUGUCUCUCAGAUUAAGGGUGAUGCGGAGGCCUUUGCUGUGGAGGCGAAAGGGAGAGCCGAGGCAGAGCAGAUGGCCAAGAAGGCCGAAGCCUUCCAGCAGUACAAGGAGGGAGCCAUGGUGGACAUGCUGCUGGAGCAACUACCACUGGUGAGAAAACCUUCAAUGAGAUAGAGCUCAAAUACACAGAAUCCUAAUUUGAGAUGAGCGCAUUUAAAGAUUGCGUAUAUCAUGCAUUGAAUUGAAGAUUUGCAUGAAAAAGUCAUAAAACUUAUAUAAAGUUAGUUUGAAUACAAAAAUACACAUCAUUAUAGAGUCCAAAUUCUGAUCACUCGUCACUGGGGUGAGCUUUAGGACAGAGAAACUGGACGAACACCUCUAUGUUCCUCUGCUCUCCUCUAGAUGGCGGAAGAGAUCAGCAGGCCUCUGGCGCAGGCUCAGAAGAUCACCAUGGUUUCCAGCGGGGACGCCGAGGUGGGCGCGGCCAAGCUCACAGGGGAGGUGCUAGACAUCAUGACCCGCCUUCCAGCGACAGUGGAGAAACUGACGGGAGUCAACAUCUCACAGGUGAAACAGCCUAACCAACGAUGUGUGACGUAUUAUAUAACUAGAGGACUGUUAUUUGUCUGA